CUUCUCUCCAUUCAAUCCUUUUCUUACUUCAUUUUCAAAAACAAACAUGGCAUCCCAACACGUUUCCAAAAUCUUCGUCAUCGGCGGCACAGGCGCCCAAGGGAUCCCAGUAAUCCAAGCCCUCGUCGCCGACAAGAAAUAUUCCUGCAAAGUCCUCACCCGAGACACCUCCUCGAAGCGUGCGAAAGAACUCCAUGAUCUAGGUAACGUGGAACUCAUGGAAGGAACUUUUGGCGACGAAGAUAUUCUCCGAGCAGGGUUCACGGGCUGUGACGGCGCUUUCGUGAAUAUAGAUGGGUUCAACACUGGUGAAAAGACAGAGAUAUACUGGGCUAUCCGCUCCUACGAAAUUGCGAUCGAGACGGGCAUCAAGUUUUUCGUGUACGGCAACCUGGACUACACUCUCAAGAAAAGUGGUUAUGAUCCCAAAUUCCGCACUGGGCAUUAUGAUGGCAAAGGUAGGGUGGGGGAGUGGAUCCGUUUCCAAAACCAGAAAAAUAAAGACAGAAUGGGCGCCGCCAUCUUCACUACAGGUCCCUAUAUCGAGAUGUCCAUCUCGAGCCAAACGAUCAUGACGCCCACCGUCGAAGACGGGGUCGUCACUUGGAGAGUCCCUCUCGGUGAAGGGCACGUGGUUCACGUUGCGCUCGAGGAUUGCGGGUUCUAUGUCCGUUGGCUAUUCGAUCAUCCUGAGCGAGCAAGUGGAAUGGAUCUCGAAGUAGCAAUUGCGCACAUAGGAUAUGCUGAGCUCGCUCAAGCAUUUUCCACCGUUACCGGGCACCCAGCGCAAUACAUCGACACCUCGCUUGACGAGUACUGGGCUAAAUGGGGUAAAGUAGCGGCAGGUGCAGCGGGGUAUAAUGCUGAUAUUAACGAUAAGUCGACGAUGAGCUUCCAGGAUAAUUUUACGGGGUUCUGGAAUAUGUGGAAGUAUGAUGUGGUGGAGAGGGAUUAUGGAUUGUUGGACGAGAUUCAUCCGAAUAGGAUUAAGAGUGCCGAGGAGUGGUUUCGGAGGGAAAACAAGAGGGGGAAAGAGGAUGGGAGGGGCAGUUUGUGGGAGAGGGUUCAGAGGGAGAAUUUGAGGCCCAUUUUGAAGUUGGGAGAGGAUGGGAGGAAGGGGAAGUUGUGAUUGUCUGCGAGGGCUGGCGAAGGAAAUGUUGAGGCAGGUCUGCUCACAAAUUUGAGGGUUAAGUUAAUGGAGUUUGUAUCCUACGGAGAGG